UUGCGGAGGAACCAGAAAAACCAACAUCAAUGACAUACACAUGUGACAACACCUUAGUGUCCUGUGGUUGUGGUUAUAAUUAUGUUCAGCUCACUUCAUCAAGAAUUGUAGGUGGUGAAGAGGCACUACCUAACAGUUGGACAAUGAUAGUCUCUCUUCGACAAACUUCUACCAAUCGCCACUUCUGUGGUGGUUCUAUUCUAUCCGAUUCUUAUAUUCUCACAGCAGCUCAUUGUAUCGAUACUGAUUCACCUGAUGACGUAAUAGUUGCUGCUGGUAUGCAUAAUAAAUCUGAUGAAAAUGCUGUCAUUCGUCGAGUUGAUCAGAUCUUUGUUCAUCCUAACUGGUCACAACCUGAAUAUCUCAAUGAUAUUGCAAUUUUACGUUUAUCAGAACCACUUGAACUUGCUCAAAAUUCAAUGCUCACAAGAACUUGUAUACCACAUGUUCACUGGCCCACUGAUAUACAAGACUAUCCAUCAAGCGGCACACCUUUAGCAACGAUUGGUUGGGGUCAUACCGAAAUGGAUAACCAUACAAGUUCACCGGACAAUCUUCAUCAAGUUCAAGUAUUUUCCAUUGAUAACAAUGAUCCAAAUUGUACUAGAUCACUCUAUAACAAAGAAAUACAAUUUUGUGCUGGACUUUCCCAAGGUGGCAAAGAUACUUGUCAAGAUGAUUCUGGUGGACCUAUUUUUCAAUGGCUUGGUAAUCGAUGGGAACAGGUGGGUAUAACAAGUUUCGGUAAAGGAUGUGCCGUCGCAGGUGAUCCAGGUAUUUAUACACGACUAGCUUCUUAUCACCAUUGGAUUCGAUCGAUUGUAAACGACAAUGAUGUUCGACCACCAAUAUCCUAUACAUGUGACAAUACAAAAGUAUACUGUGGCUGUAGUCUUAAAAAUGUUGAACUUACACCAUCGAGAAUCGUUGGUGGAGAAGAAGCAGUACCCUAUACUUGGUCAUUCAUGGUCUCCUUGCAACAUCGUUCGUCCAACAGUCACUUUUGUGGUGGUUCAAUCUUUUCAGAUUCUUAUAUUCUCACAGCAGCUCAUUGUGUUGAUGAUGAAACACCUGAUCGUAUACAGAUUGUAGCUGGUGUGCAUAAUAGAUCUGAUCCAAAUGGUGUAAUCCGUGAAGUAGAUUACAUUCAUAUUCAUCCGGAUUGGUCAUCAUCAUCGAUGGAACGUCGGCAUGAUAUUGCGAUGUUACAUUUGUCACAACCACUCGGACUUGCUUCAAAUCCAUUGUUAGCACGAAUUUGUGUGCCAAAAGUUCAGUGGCCAAACAAUGUUGAAACUUAUCCGAGUAAUGGUACACGUUUAGCUGCAAUCGGCUGGGGUAAUAUAAAACAGGAUUGGACCAAUAAUUCACCAGAUAAUCUGCAUCAAGUUCAAGUUUUCGCAAUUGAUAAUAAUGAUCCAAUUUGUAAUAAAUCACUUUUUGAUACACAAGUACAAUUUUGUGCUGCACUUUAUGAAGGUGGCAAAGAUACUUGUCAAGGUGAUUCUGGUGGACCAAUCUUGCAAUGGCUUGGUGAUCGAUGGGAACAGGUAAAUAGAUUCAUAAGUAAAUAA